UCGAGAGAAGGGGAGAUCCAAGAAAGAGAGAGAGAGCGUUGGUGGGAGAGGAAGACCGCUGCCACAGCUGCCGCCGUUCGUCCUCCAGCUCGUCGCCACCAUCGCGGAUCGCCACUGACCUCGCACCCGUCGCCGCCGACCACGAGCCAGAGGAGAAGAAGAACGAUGCUAUUGCGCCGUUCCUCGCUGCAGAUGAAGCUCGCCGCCGCAGAUGAAGUUUGCCGCCGCAGCUGUUCCUGUUCGUGCCGUCGUCGUCGCCGAAGGGAGCCAUCGUCGCUGUCAUCGGAACAGAGGGCGAGAGAGAGACAGAGAGCUCGCGGUGGGGGAAGGAUAGGCGCCGUCGUGCUGCGUGAAGCUACCGCCGUCGUUCCUGCCGCCGUCCAGCCUCGGUCAGCACCGCCGAAGCUCCUGCCAUCCCCGUCGUUGAGGAAGCUCACCGGAGUUGCUGGAGGCUACUGCCGCUCUACCUGGUUCUGUUUUGAGUCGCACAACCGUGUUUGUGGCCGCCAGAGACCGUAUCUGAAGCCUCUGUCUUCUUGGGUUUUGGUUGUUGCAAGUUACUCGGCUAUACGCUGUUGUCGGAACCAGGCUAGAUUUACCGUGUUACUGCCAUCGGGACAGACGCAUAGGUCCCUGAUUACGUUCUUUGCUUCUCCACCGUUCUGUUCCUCUGUAGCUGCAAGGUGUCGAGGCUGUUGUUGUCUCUAUGGGAGUUAUUGUUGUCACUGUCGCCAUGAAUUGAAAGAAAAGGGAUUAUCACGAUAAAUUACGCGGAUUCAUCUAACUGAGGAACCGGAUGAAGAAGCAUUAAGAAGAGUUAUACCGCGUUAGGUUUAUAUGUUGUUGUAUCAAUUAGAUUAUUUUCUUCCCUCGUCUUUGUUAUUACAAGUUUGUAAGAGGGAUAGGAAUUGUAUGUUUUAUAUGUAUAAUAUAUUGAGUUAUUAUGUAAGAAGUCUUGUAUAUGAAUCUAUGUCUGCUUGUAUUUUUCUUAAGAUGAAGUAUUUAUUUCUGGUUUUAAAAGAAAUCAGCGAUACAGUGUCAAGUCACAAGCUCUUAUUUUAAUAUUUAGUAUGUAAAGUAGUCGUAGUACUUCUUACUAUCAGAGUGGCGCAGUCGGAAGCGUGACUUCUGAUAGUGAGGGUGUUACAAUUUAAGUUCUAUUAUUAUUAUUAUUAUUAUUAUUAUUAUUAUUAUUAUAUAAAAUAGA